CUGUAUUUAUUUAUAAGUUGAAGUAUGCCGUCAUUCAGCGAUAUAAAAGGCGUGUACACACUAUUACAUAUUAACGAUUUGUUUUGUUUUUAUUUAAUUGUAGCUUGUUUUUUUUUGUGAAAUUACGGAUUUCAUUGUGUUUUUCAACAAUUCCAUUGACAUGAUUUAAAGAGGCAUUGAAUUUAUGAAAUGCCGGUGUACUAUCAUCAGGAGGUCUUGCCAUCCCCGCCUCCCAUAGUCUAUAUCCGCAAGUUAGUGUGUGUUUAAAAACUCAAUAAAUAAAUAGUGUAAUUUUAAGAUUAUAAGUUGCAGUACUAUAAUAAAACCCCAAAGCACCCCGCUACGUUUUAAUAACGCUGGAGACGUCAGGAUGCAGCGGGUUCUGUAAUUGUAAGAAACCUUUUUGGACUGGCUGCCGACUUGACCUUUUGACUUCUUUUUGUUAGGUAGCCACGUGUCCGAUCUCUUGUGAAGGUUGGCUUGCAUAUAACGAAUUACUUGCCGUACACAGUUCAGUUAGCGUUGGCACUGCUCGAUUGCAGUUUAAGCAAACCGUAGGGCAGGGCUGCCCAACCCUGAUCCUGGGGAAGGGCUGGAGAUAAUAACUCAGAACAUCUUCAGAGGAAUUCUGGUGUAGCUCUCAGGAGCCUGGGCAAUGCCACCCAAUGCACUUUCUCACACUCCCCCUACACCUUUCACAUGCCUGAGUGCAAGCCCAGCAAGUUUCAUCCACCAUUUAAAAACUGGCCAUUUACUUUUAACUAAUUUCCCCCCCCCCCACCCCCUCUAGAAACUUGUACAGUGUGUGAACUCCUAUUAGUUUACUGGCAUUUUAAAAUGGGCUUGAUUAGACUGUAUAUAGGAUCACAUGUACAUGCAUCUGAUCAUUUUAUCCUGACUGGGCUCUUUUUAUUCUAUGUCACAUCUUUAUAAAUUAUAACUAAUCUUGGACUGUUUUAGCUUAAGUAUCAUUAGAUAGAAACCAGCCUUAGAUGUCUGAUCCUUUUAUGCUAACUUUUUCUAGAUCCCAGAUUUUGGAGGGUUCAGGCUUCAAUAAAUAAGUUGUCCUCCGAGCAGAAGCAUCAUUUGCCACACACGUGGUGCCUCUCUUUUUAACAGCUGAGUUGAAAAGCCUUUCUCUCCCAGUCCUCAGCUGCCACGCUGCAAUCCCCAGGGUCUGGCUCCAAAGGAAGUCCCUGGUGUUGCUGUUAAACUGUUCCCUGUUGCAGCUGAGCAGUGGCUGUGAUGCCCGCAGAGCAGGCGCUACGUUCCUGGUGUGUUUGACGUUCUGUCCUGAGGUGCGAUUGCUUCCUCCACAGCAGCCCCCAGUGAGAACCUGCUUUCCAGUGGCGUUCAGUUUUCACUUCUUCCUCUUCCCUGUGUGUUGAGUGUUCGUCUGUAAUUGCUGUUGAAAGGCCCUGAUAGUGCAUCACGGCAGAGCCACAGGACUGUGGUUUAAAGGACGUGGGCGGAAAGCCUUAUUGUGUGAUUCACAGCUGGUCUCUUAAACCCUGUGCUUUAGCCAGCUUUACAAUGGUUUCAGGUAGAGACUCCGGUGAAUAGACCCACAUCUGUGAAGCUCCAUUAAAAAGCGAGGCUGCACUGGGAGUCCUUCUGCCGCACCAUACAAGAUGGGGUGUUUGUUUGUUCGAUUGGGGCUUGGUGGUUGUGGUUUUGUGCAAUUCAGCGUCAGCUGUGUUUGUAACUUGCAUGUUCACGAAAGUCUGUAGUACACUUGUGGGUCUGACUUCAUGCAUAAAAAACGUUGUGGAAUCCAUCAAAACGGACUGUAAUAAAUACACGCGAAUGGAAAACUAAUCCUGGCCAACAUCCCCCUGACGCCGGAGACCCAGCGGGACCAGGAACGGCGCAUCCGGCGCGAGAUCGCCAACAGCAACGAGCGCCGGCGCAUGCAGAGCAUCAACGCAGGAUUCCAGUCCCUGAAAACACUGAUCCCACACACUGACGGGGAGAAGCUCAGCAAGGCUGCCAUUCUCCAGCAGACAGCAGAGUACAUCUUCUCACUGGAGCAGGAAAAGACUCGGCUGCUGCAGCAGAACACGCAGCUCAAGCGCUUCAUCCAGGAGUUUGGCGGCUCGUCCCCGAAGAGGAGACGUGCCGAGGAGAAGGACGAGGGAAUCGGCUCCCCUGACAUCCUGGAGGAUGACAAGGCGGAGGACCUGCGCCGGGAGAUGCUCGAGCUCCGGCAGCAGCUGGAUAAGGAGCGUGCCGUCAGGAUGAUGCUGGAAGAGCAGGCGCGCGCUCUGGAGGCUCACAUGUACCCCGAGAAGCUGAAGGUGAUCGCUCAGCAGGUGCAGCUGGAGCAGGAGCUGGAGAGCCUGGAGAGGGAGAGAGAGACACAGCCGCCCGCACAGACCUGCCAGCUGGUGCUGCCAGCCUCCCCCCCUGAGCCCACCCACCACGCCACAGUCAUCGUGCCAGCCCCGCCCCCAGCAGCGCAUCACGUCACCGUGGUAACCAUGGGGCCUACCUCUGUCAUCAACACGGUGUCCACAUCACGACAGAACCUGGACACCAUCGUGCAGGCGAUCCAGCACAUCGAGGGCACACAGGAGAAGCCCAGCGACGAGGAGCAGCGGCGAGCGGUGAUCGUCACGCCAGUCAGGGCUUUCUCAGAGCUCGGCCACGACUCGGACACGGCGUCGGACAGCGAGGGGGAGAGGAUGAGGGAGCUGCCCUGAUGGGAGGAGGAGGAUCUCGCUGCUGCUGCUGAUCGCGACGCUGCUGGGGGGAUGAGCCAUUCGGCACGGAGUGUCAGCUGAAUUUGCAACCCAACGCAAAUAGGUCUUUUUUUCAGACCUUACCGAUACUGUACAAAACUAAAGCAAGGAUUUUUUUUUUUUAUAUAUAUAAAUGUACCGCCCAAAACCCUAACCCAACCCCCUUUUCAUUUUUAAACGUCUUUUUUUUGUUUGUUUUUGUAUUUUGAGGUUCUGGGGAGGCUUUGCACAGCUGGACACUGUGAGGGAAUCGUUUUCAGGCUUUGGAUAGAGGAAAUGUUACGUCCGUUGGGUGCACCUCACAGAUAUGUUGUGCAUACUGGAUUAACACACACACACACACACACACACACACACAUACCCCUGAGGAACACUUUAUGAGGGUUUCCACUCAAAUCUCAUAAAAAUGACCAGUCUUGCGGUACUCUACGUGUUUUAUGCUACUUAAAAACAAAACAGCUCUUAACCAAGUUUACAUUUUAUUGAAGCCGUGAUGAUUGCGUUCUUUAAAACCAGUUUAAAACCGAAAGACUGUCGUGCUGCUUUCUGAUGCAAUAAGCUGUUAUGUGGUCAGGGUAUUAACAUCACAGAAUAAGCUAUUCCACAAGUAAAACGCAAUGGGCUAAUGAGUCCAUUUACAUGGGGUGUGUAUUACAGUGUGUAUCUACCUGCACACUUUUUCCUGAUCAAUAUUAAGCCCCACAUUUAAGAUGCUGUAAGUUUACCCCACUUCAUCUCGGGAUGGUAAGAUAUUUGUUUGGUUACUGGUGUGAAGUAUCAGACAAUGAAUCUGUGCUCAAACACGCACACACACACAGUCUUACGAGGACUUCUCGUCAAACCGUUUGUCUGAAUCGGUUGCUGUUUCUUUUUAGUACUUUUGUAAAUCAUUUACUAAGUCCUUACUUAGUUUUUUGCCUCACCCUGAACUGGCCAGCCCGCAUGUGGCUGGUGUGUAGUUUAUAUAUUUGUUAUUGUGUGGUGUGACGCAGUGUAAAAGCUGACAUAAAGACCAAUUGAACCCCAAAGGAGGUUCGACUACAUAUGUGUUUAAAACCGUGCGUGUGUGGGGGCAUUUAGAGUUGGGUCUGUAAAAGUUCUCUAUACCAUGUGUGUUUUUCUAUCGUUUAGUCUCACUACCGUGGAUGCGUUUGUCCUCAUCCUGCUGCCCGAGUAGAAAUGCGUCUGUCCUACUGUAUAUAUUCCCCAACGUUUUCUUAGAUGGGAAUUCAAUUUUUUUUUUAAAAAAAUAGCCUCACGAUACAGGGUGUGUGGGAGCGCACUGUGUUCUACUCCGUUCUGUAACGUGAGGCGCGCUGAUCAAAACGGUUCCUUUAGCUUGGCUCAUAAUUGGUCUAAUCAACAACCAUUGUUGAAUACCAAAGCCUGCUGCUUCAAUAGAAGCCUCGUCCUUCACCUCCCCCAGUAGGAAUGGAGUGCUGCACACAAUGAAUCUACUUCUACUGGAAACUCAUGCAGUUAAGCACACACACUGACACACACACACACACUGGCACACACACACUUACACUGACACACACACUGACAUACUGACACGCACAGACACACACUGAUGUCCCUGUAUGUGUACGGCAAUUUGUAAUAACUACAAAAUGAAAUGUACAAUCAAACUACAUGAUGAUGAUUAUUAUUACUGUUGUUAUUUUUCCCUGCAAAAGCAAUCAAGCCGUGCAUGCUUGCCCCCCCCCCAGUACUUACAAAGAUCUAUACUGUGAUCUUGUAAAUGAAGCGCUCUCUCUCUCUCUGUGUCUCUCGAUCGCUCUCUCUCUCUCUCUCGCUCUCUCUCCCUCCC